AUGUCAAAUGCUCAAUCCAACGAAUCAUUAAGGGAAUUAAAUGCCAAGCUCUUAGCUGAGAUUGCUGAACUUAGGAAGAAGUUUGCUGAGAUUAAAGUCAAGAAUGAUGAGCUUAAGGAUAAGAAUACUGAGAUUGUUGCUUCUAGUGAUAAGAUCGUUGAGCUUGAGGCUGAGAGAACUGAACUUAAGACCAGGAUCGCUGGGCUUCCAAGACAGGCUAUGGAAGAGAAUCCAAAGAGUCAUUGCUCUGUAAUAGAUUCAUCCCAAAAAAAUAAUCAAGAUAAGUCAAAGACUCGAAGCUCUACUUUCUCAAAAUUACCAGAAGCUAAA